GGAAGGGAUCGACUGAAGGAGUCCGGCGCUCAGUUCUUUUUGGGGUAUAGCUUUCCUUCUUUUAAGUUCUUCUACGGGCGAUCGCUACUGCACGUUGGGACUUAUCAGCGGCAGUUUUGGGAUACAGCUCGUCCAACCUUGCAACUAUUAAACAUGGAAAUAAAGGAUGCCUCGAGUACAGCUGUUCUUCAAGUUCUUGAGAAAGAUAAUUACGUGGCUUGGAGUGUUCGAGUAAAAACGUAUUUGAUGGCUCAAGAUCUUUGGGAAACAGUUGAAGCAACCACCGAACCUCCUAAGCAAGAAAAUGAAGCUGCUUUCAAGGCUUGGAGCGACAAGAAUUCCAGGGCUUUACAUGUAAUCCAAAAAUCAUGCGGAAAAGACACAUUGUCUGUGAUUAAGGAGAUUAGUUCGGCUAAAAGUGCAUGGAAUACUUUGGCAGAAAAGUACAACAUCUCUAAAAAUACUGGUCUCACUCAAAAUACUAGCUCAGUUCUUAAAGUUCUUGAGAAAGAUAAUUAUGUUGAUUGGAGUGUUCGGGUAAAAACCUAUUUGAUGGCCCAUGAUCUUUGGGACAUAAUUGAAGCAACCACCGAACCUCCAAGAAAAGAAGAUGAAUUUGCUUUUAAGGCUUGGAGUCAGAAGAAUUCCAAGGCCUUACAUAUAAUCCAAAUUUCAUGCGGACCGGACACAUUUUCUGAGAUUAUUGAGAUUCCUUCGGCAAAAAUUGCUUGGGAUACGUUGGCAGAGAAGUAUAACGUGCCAGGGUAUGAGGCCUUAAAAAGGGCUGUGGAAAGUGGUGAUUGGAAAGCUGCAGAGGAGUUCCUUAAACACCAACCGGGUGCAGCGGUUGCAAAUAUCACAAUUCAGGGCGAGACGGCUCUUCACGUUGCUGUUAAUGCUGGGCAGGAGCAUAUGGUGGAGAAGUUAGUGGAUGUAAUGUCGGAGGAAGAAUUGGCAAUAAAAAACAGCAACUGUCGCACAGCUCUGGCUGAGACAGCUAAUACCGGAAACUACAGGAUGGCAGCGUGCAUGCUUAGAAAGAACAAGAAGUUGGUCAGUAUUAAAGAUAAGGAUCAAUUAAUUCCAGUUAUUAAGGCUAUGGCUUUUGGGCAUAUUGAUUUGGCUCGCUAUCUCUAUUCUCUCACUCCGCUGGAAGAUCUAAAUUCAGAAAAUGGUGCUAGACUUUGUACUCAGGCAAUAUAUACCAGAACUUUAGAUAUUGCUUUGGAUUUAAUCCACCGUUGUCCAAGUUUAACUUGUGCUCAAAACAGCCCUUUGUACGCAUUGGCUUCUAUGGCUUCUGCAUUCCCGAGUGGAAGUCGGCUUGUGUUUUGGAAACGAUGGAUCUACUCCAGUAUACACGUUCAACUGGCUUCUUCCACUGAGGAAAUUCGUAUGAACAUUCAAAACGUAGAAAAACGCCAAAGUGAUCCAGUAAAAAUAAUCGGAUCAGUGCUAACUCUAUUGCGCCAGCUUGUUUCAAAUCUCCUAAACUUCUUGGGAAUAAAGGAUUUAUAUGAAAUGAAGCUAGUCCAUGUCCAGUCCCUUAAACUUCUGGAUCGCAUGUGCAAACAAGUAUCAGUUUCAAAUAAUGAGCAAAGGCUGAAGGGUCUCGUUUAUGAUGCCAUCUUCCGUUCAAUCGAGAGAGGGAAUUUUGAAUUUAUUUUUCAUAUAGUAAGAGCAAGUCCAGAUCUUUUGUGGCGUACUAAUUAUAAAGAGCACUCAAGACCCAUAUUUUCAUGUGCUGUCCUACAUCGUCAAGCAAAAAUCUUUAGCCUUAUAUACAGGCUUGAUGUGAAGAACGCUUUAACAGACUGGGUUGAUCACGAACGCAAUAGCGUAUUACAUAUGGCAGGCAUGACAGGAGGUUCGAUUCUACUCAAUCAAAUCCCAGGUGCAGCUUUGCAGAUGCAAAGAGAACUACAAUGGUUUAAGGAAGUUGAGAGCAUUGUGCCUCCCAAGAUUAAGGAAUCUUUAAACAAAGAUCGUUUGACUCCCAGGGAAUUGUUUACAAAGAACCACGAGGACUUGAUGAAAAAGGGAGAACAAUGGAUGAAAGAAACAGCAACUUCUUGUACAGUGGUAGGCGCUCUCAUUGUUACUAUCAUGUUUGCUGCAGCCUUUACCGUUCCAGGCGGUAACAACCAAGAUACAGGGUUCCCAUUAUUCUUGAAUAAAAAAUUGUUCAUGCUCUUUAUAAUAUCCGAUGCCCUAUCCCUCUUUUCCUCCUCAGCUUCAGUCUUGAUGUUUUUGGGAAUCCUCACAUCCCGUUAUGCAGAAGACGACUUCCUUGAAUCCUUGCCAAGAAAGAUGAUCAUAGGCCUUUCUACUCUUUUCUUCUCUAUUGCAGCCAUGAUGAUAGCCUUUUCUACUUCUCUUUUAAUUAUGCUACAUGGACAAUCAUGGAUUUUCAUUCCUGUCAUUUGUUUGGCUAGUGUACCCAUCACCCUAUUUGUAUUGAUGCAGUUCCCUCUUCUUGCUGACAUGUUCAUUUCGACCUAUGGACCAGGCAUCUUUGAUAAACAAAUGGAGCACUGGGUAUAAGUUUAUUCAUUUUUUUGUAUAGUUUAUAUGCUCCAUUAAGAAUAUCUACACCAACUAAUCAUUUUUUUUUCUUUUUGUUGGACGAAUGAGUGAUGAAUUAUAAACUGGUUUAUGUUGUCUAUUUUAUGAUUCCUU